AUGUCAGCAUAUGAAAAUGUUAUUGGUGGGAAGCUAAAGCUAAAAGGGAAGGCUUUAGACGUGAAAGCAGGUGGAGUAAAGAAGAAGAAGAAGAAGCAGAAGAAUCAAGAAGAAGUAGCUCUUAAAAUUACUGAACACGAACUCAUAGAAGGAGAAAACGCAGAAGCAUUGGGUAAACUAAUUGAAGGAGAAGAAGAGGAACAGGAUAGGAGCGAAAAAGCGAGCGAGGAUGCGAAAUUUCAGCAUGAUGAUGAUCACUUAACACCUGCAGAGAGACGGUACAUAGAGCAGAAGCAGAGGCUGGAUGUGCAGAAGCUAGCCAAGGAAGCGAACAAGUCUCACCGUAACAGGAUUGAGGAUUUCAAUCAGUAUCUGGCUAACAUGAGUGAGCACUACGAUAUCCCUAAAGUCGGACCUGGCUAA